GAGUGACUAUCAAAACACCCCGUGAAAUGCAUCCUGAGCAGAGACAGAGACAUCGAGACAUUGCGACCGACACCACUGACUGGCCCAAGACAUGGUAGCCCCGGACGCUGCCGAAGCAGCCGCCUCGCCAUCAAUGCAGGCCACAAAUGAUGGCCCCAAGAAGCGAAAAUGGACGAGGAUUUUCAGCUUACCCCAGAUUAUCUGGGGUAAGCUAAAUAUGGACAUCCCCACUUUACUGCUUAUGAUGAAGGGAGCACUUCCACCCACGAUAUGCGUAGCUAUGUAUCAAUCAGAUGUCGUGUCCGGUCAAUUCAACACCGUUGGCUAUUUAGUGGCUAUCAUCUCUGUCCUGGGGUUCUCCAUUAUGCCGCGCGCGAAAUUCAUUCAGAUGAUGGUGCUGGACAUCCUCGCAGUCUGCGUGGCCUCCGCUUUCGCAUUGCUCAUGAUGUACUGCUGUAUCAAGGCCCGAGAACACUCAGAGCCAUCUUCAGCGACAUCGUCGGCGACAUCGAGUGCUACUUCAACCACCUCCGUCCCGUACAAUGCCUCCGCGUCAGCAGUCAGUGGAGUCUGGCUUUUCUUCCAGAUUUAUGUGGUCCACACUUUCAGAGCCAAAUUCCAGCAGUUUCAAUUCCCUGUGAUCAUUUAUUCCAUUGUUGCCAAUGUCACGUUCACCUAUGCCCCCCGUCUAGGAACCAUGACUGCAGCAAUUGCAUUGGUGAAGAAGUUGCUCGAAGCUUGUCUGACAGGGCUAGCCAUUUGCACAGGUGUGUCCCUGUUCAUUCUGCCCAAGAGUACUCGCGGCAUCAUUCUCAAACAAAUGGGAGGUUAUAUCGACGGAUUGCGUGGCGCUCUCAGAGCCCACACAUCGUAUUUUGAAUCCCUAGAGCGCGAGGAUAUGUUUGGGCGGGCCGAGACCUACGACUCUCGAGUGGAAAAGAUGACCGAGAGCGGCAAGGUUUACAGCCCAGAGGCAGCGGCUAUUCGAUCGGCUUGCCAGAAACUCACAGAUCUCCAUGCUAAGAUCCACGGAGACCUGACAUUUGCAAAGCGUGAAUUCGCCAUCGGCAAACUUGGUCCGGACGAUCUUCAAGCAAUUUUCAGACAGCUGCGCCAAGCUAUGAUUCCUGUUGUGGGGUUAAGCUUUGUGGUCGACAUCUUCCAGCGUCUAUCUGAUUACAACAAGUGGAACCAGCCGAUCGAUCCUGGCGCUCCAGAGGAUAUACGCUGUCGCGUUGUGCAGGAAUGGAACGAUAUCAUGCGGGCUGUGCAUGAUCCGUUCCGGUCUAUGAUCGAUACCAUUGAUGAAGGCCUUCAGCAUGUGUCGUACGUUCUCGAGUUCAGUAAACCGCCCAAAGCAUCAACUACAUCGAAAGAAUCGGAAGAUGUGGAGGCGAACGCAAGCCCAAAACCUGGCGAAAAAGCCUUUGCUGCCCUCUAUGCAAAGAAGCUAAGCGAUUUCAAGGCGGCCAAGCGCAUCGCUUUGCGGGCCUGGGGUGAAGAAAAAGGGAUCACCCUCCCCCCGGACUUUUUUGAGCACCCUUCUUCCGUUCACCUCGAUAUCGAUGAUAUACCUUCUGAUAGUUCAGGCGUUGGACGAGAUCGGAGCAGACGACAGCUGUAUUUAAUUCUUUACAUGGAACAACUUCUCAGCUCCACCGGUCAUGUCAUUCAGGAUUUCAUCCACUUUGCCGACGAGAAACGUGCGAGCGGAAAACUGUCAAGAAAACGGCUCAUCAUACCAGGAUCUAAGCGCCUGUUAAAGUGGGUCGUAAGCGCCUUCAAAGCGGAAGAUACCCACGAAGAUGAUAAUCUUGGUGGUGACAUCAGCUCGCAGAAUAAUAUUCUUCAGCUGGGCGAAGCAUACAAACAUCGAAAAGACCCCGAACACUUACCCCCAGAGAAUGAACUGCAAAGAUUUGGAGACAAGCUUCGACGGAUUCCCUCCGCCCUCCGCUCACCUGAGUCUGCCUAUGGCUUCCGCGUAGCUUGUGCCACGAUGACUGUGGCUGUGGUCGCAUUUCUUCAUGACACUCAAAGCUUCUUCGUGAAGCAGAGGUUUGUAUGGGCCAUGAUCAUGGUCAAUCUGAGUAUGUCGCCUACCUCGGGUCAGAGCAUCUUCGGCUUUGUUCUCCGUAUUCUGGGCACAGUCAUGGCUAUGGUGCUUAGCUUACUGGCUUGGUAUAUCCCCGGCAAGAAGACUCCAGGAAUUAUCGUCUUCCUGUUCAUCUUCCUAACCUGCGUCUUCUAUGUACCAAUCAAGCAAUUCCGCUUCCGCAUCAUUGGCAUCAUUACCAUCAUUUCUACUUCCAUGAUAGUGGGGUACGAGCUGGAGGUUCGCAAGAUUGGAGAGGCAGUGGCCACCUCCAAUGGACAGCAGUACUAUCCCAUCUAUCUGCUAGCACCAUAUAGACUUGCAACAGUGGCUGGGGGUAUUGCCGUUGCUUUCUUCUGGACAUUCUUCCCUUAUCCGAUCUCGGAGCAUUCUGCUCUUCGCCAAAGUCUGGGGGCAUCUUUGUAUCUUUUAGCAAAUUACUACUCUGUCAUCCACGAGACCGUGUCCGCCCGGAUGCGAGGUGACGAGGGUGAUCUGGCGAUCAAAACCUCCUCAGGGCGGCGACUGCUCAAGGCCCGCAACAAGGUGUUUUCGAAGCAGAUGCUCAUGCUGAACAGUUUGCGAACUUACUCCGGCUUCUUGAAAUGGGAAGUCCCAAUCGGUGGAAGAUUUCCCAAGAAGCGUUAUGAUUCAAUCAUAACAUGCAUUGACAGCAUCGUCAGCUAUCUGAGUCUUCUGGGAUACGCGUCGGACACCCUCUUGCAACUUGGGCAUGAUGAUGAAUCAGACUCAGCUUGGCUUCAUGACUUCAGGAGACUGGUAGCCAGCGCUCGAGUGACGACGCACGAGGUAACGUCCGUUCUCUGUCUCCUCUCAGCUAGCAUCACGAAUCAACAGCCUCUGCCGCCAUAUCUCAAGACUCCCCGUCCGUACAGCUUUUCCAAGAGACUUGAGGCGCUGGACAAAGAUAUCUUGAAUUUGAGACAUAUCGCGGAGCCUGGCUUUGCUACCUUCUCAGUGCUGCAGAUUUCCACCAGAUGCAUUGUUGGUGACGUGGAAAGACUGAUGAAAGAUGUGAAAGCAUUGGUAGGAGAAUUGGACUUCUCUUUCCAUGCCAUUAGCACUGCGCACAGCGCCAAAUCCUCAGCUGAGGUGUCAAGAGUCUCGGAUCUGGACAAACUCGAUUGAUUUCAGGCUUUCGGUAUAUAUAAUCAAGUUUUUCUCCCACUAGAGUCAAUUUCAAUUAGUACAUAAUAUUUUUGGUUCGUGCGAGAUAUGAUACGGUAUGAGGCAGGCUAUUGAAGAUCAGCAGGGAG